UGAGUCCUGUUCUCUUCCGCUAGCUGAAAUGACUUUUGAGGCAGAUUCGACAUAAAUUUCUAUUUUUGUUAAGAUAAAUAUGGGUCUAAAUCCAAAUUUAGAGUUUCAGUUCAUUCGUCAGUUGCCCCAAAUACACGUAUAGAUUACUGUCGUUUUGUUGUGUUGACGCUGCAGCGAUGGACGGACAGAAAGCAGCUGGUUCUGUGUUUAUGUGUCAGCUGUGCAACAUCUUCUCCCCUUGUCGCUCUCAGCUGCUGGCCCAUUGCUCCCUCCUGCAUCCUCAGCAGGAGCCUCCUGAUGACAUCAUCAUUGCAUUGCAACCCCUUGUAGGAGAUCCUGCAGAGACACAUACAGAGAUUCCUGUGAAACGAAAACGAGGACGACCCAAAGGCUCUAAGAAUGUUCGCUCAGUUUCAAAAGAGGACAAGGCAGACUCUCAUUCUUCAAAGGAGAAUGUUCAGAGAGAAGAAGAGGAAACGAAGAAGGAGGGAGACGGAGAAUGUAGCCCAAAAGAAGGUGAAAGCCAUGAUGGGAUAUUGGGUCUGAAAUGUGGAAACUGUCAUCGCUCGUUCGGCAACAGACGGCAGAUCCUCAAACACAUCUGCCUGAGAGAGGAGGAAGAGGAGGAGGACCGAGCGGACAAUGGGAGCCAUGGUGGUCAAGCGAGUGUGGAGGGUUCACAGAGUUUGGAUACAGGGGGAGAAAAUCCAAACAAGAAGCAACAAAACUCAUUAAGACCGGGCCCCAAGAGAAAAAGGGACACGCAAAACACUCGACCGCCGGGAGCCAGCCAGAGUCGAAACUCCAAAGAGGGAGGCCCAGCAAAAAGAAUGAAGAAGUCAGUCAUCAGUGUUGUUCUGACAGAAGAUGACACACUUCCAGGCGUUACUAAAAUGGUUCCAGUAGAGGAAAGCUCAGCAGGAACAGAGUCUGCAGCCAACCAAGCUCGUCCUGAGGUCAGCAAGACGUCUGCAUUUUUCCAGAUUCAUUCUAAAGACGUGACACAUGAAGCUGUUGGCUGCGAAGGCAACCCGAAAACUGAUCAGGAUGCCAGUUCUAACACAAACCCUACAACAACAACAACAACAUCAACAACAACAACAUCAACAACACGCAGAUGCUUCCAAGAAUAUUCUAUAAAGCAAAAUGCUCCCAAUUUACACCAGAGCAAGCUGAAGAUCUACUCCUGUGAGUUCUGUAAUAAGAUCUUCAAAUUCAGACACACACUGAUUUCCCACCUCAGGACGCAUACCCAGGAGAAACCAUUUCAGUGUCCACACUGUGACUACGCAUCAGCCAUCAAAGGCAACCUGAACGUUCACCUGAGGAAGCACACAGGAGAGAAGUUCAGCUGCCCACACUGUCCGUUUACCUGCCUCAGCCAGGGACACCUUAAGGUCCACGUAGAGCGAGUCCAUCUGAAGGUGAAGCAGCACUGCAGCUUCUGUCAGAGUAAAUACUCCGAUGUGAAGAACCUGCUGAAGCACAUGGAGGAACGACACAACCUGAAAGACCCUGCUGUCCAAAAGAGCUACCAGACGUUCAGAUUAAAGACUCGUCAGGUCCUCAGGCAGCUCCUCUACUACUGUCCCACAUGUAACCGUCGCUUUAAGAACAAGCUCGAGCAGGAACGCCACCUGUUGGUUCACGGACCUCUGCGGCCUUUCGCCUGCCUACUCUGUGACCACGCCGCAACCAAAAUGUCCGCCCUCGCUGCUCAUGUCAGGAAGCACCUCUUCCUGUAUGUCUGCUGUGUGUGUGACAGGACGUUCGUGAGCUCUUUGACACUGAAGAGUCACCUGGCAGAGACGCACCCUGAGCUGGACCAGGAGGCGACCUUCGGCGACUGCAUCAACAACAGCUACUGUCUGACGCAGCCUGGAGGAGACAUGUGGGGGAAUGAGGAGAGGGAGGAUACAGAGGACGGGAAGGAGAACGAACGCAGGACGGAGCAGGAUGGAGAAGAAAGAGGGACGAGAGAGGAGGGUAGAGGACAAGGUGUAGGAGAGGAGGUGUGGAAAGCAGAGGAAGGGGAGAGGAUGGGUGUAGCAGCGGGUGAAAAUAAGGAACAGAAGGAGGAGGAAGAACAAGCUAAACCUCAGGGUCAAAGUGUGGAAGAAGAGCAGGUGAUAGAGGAGACGAAAGGGAGAAGCAGUGGAUUAGAAAACGAAAGUGCACAACAAGAACUGCAAGUUGUUUCUAUGGAAACCAGAACAUCCACAGAGGGACGGGAUGAAGCAACAGUGAGGGGGGAGUCACAGGACGACAUGGUGGACUCACACACUCCUGCAGCUGAACACAACGCGCAUUCGGUCUUACCAGCAGAGAGCACCCAGAAGCCUCUCUUAGAGGGCGGGACUCAUGAAAACACACGCAGCGCUGAGGGGAUCACAAACACUUCUCCCCUCAAAUCACACAAGAAUGUAUUUCCUGAUGAAGAAGAAGCACAAACAUCAAAUUCAGAAAGGGUGUCUGAAGCUCCCCAUGAGAGCGCAUUCCAGCAGGUGCUGUCGUCCAUCCAGAAGACUCGGCUGAACAUCCAGUCUUUCCAACGUCUCAGGAAGAUUUACGGAGAACUAGAAUGUCAAUACUGCGGUAAACUGUUCAUGUACAACGUCCACCAUAACGUUCAUAUACGCACACACACCAAGGAGCACUUGCAUUACUGUUCAAAGUGCAGCUAUUCCACCAUCACCAAAAGCGCUUUGAUGCGGCACCAGAUCCAGAAGCACAGCGGCAUGCAGCUGGCUUGUUCCAGUCCAGACUGCACGUACACCACACCUGACAAAUACAAACUACAGGCCCAUAUGAAGACGCACAAAGGAAAGAAGAAGAGCGUCAGUUGUCCUGUCUGUCAGCAGAGCUAUCCCGAGCACAGACUCAAACACCACAUCAAAACAUCCCACCCUGACUCACUACCUGCACAGGGUAUAGGCCUGAUGGUGCAACGAGCAGAGAAGUGUCCUUACUGUGACUCCUACUUUGUAAAGAACAGCAGUGACUUUCAGCGGCACAUCUGGGAACAUCAAGGUGUGAAGCCCUACCUUUGCUCUAUGUGUGACUAUGCGAGCCGCAGCAGCAGUAACUUGAGGGCUCACAUGAACCGGCACAACACUGACAGAAGUCACCUGUGUGAUCUGUGUGGCAAAAAGUUCAAAUCUAAACUCACCCUGAGGAGCCACAGGCUGAGCCACAAUGAUGAAGGCAAACAGUUUCAAUGUUCCCAGUGCGACCACACCUCGGCCUCAAAACGUUACCUGCUCAGACACAUGGAGCAACACGCAGAGUAUAAGCCAUUUCGCUGUGCCCACUGCCACUACUCCUGUAACAUCGCUCGUCCUCUGAAGCGACACUACAAGCUGAAACACCCGGACCAGAAAUAUGAAAAUGCCGGACCUGGACUGCUGGACUCUGACACUUUGAAACAGCAAGGUGGAAUGAAGUGUCCUGAGUGUGAAUACGUUUAUGGCACAAAGUGGGAGCUGAACCGCCACAUGAGGAGCAAACACAGUCUGAAAGUGGUGGAAGGCACCUGGGAGGUUGGAGAGGCAGUAGAGGCUCAGUAUGUGACUGUGGAGAAUGAAGACCAGCUGACAGAAAUACCUGUAGACGCCCUGCAGGAAAACGUCGAUAUCCAGCAGAUCACUGAGUUCAGUUCAGAGACUCACGACGCCGUCACCUCCAUGGUUGCCAUGGCUCCUGGCACUGUUACGGUGGUACAACAGUUGCAGGUGGCUGAUGAGCAGGAAGUUGGCGACUGCAGCAACCAGCUGAUGGUGGUGAACGCAGAUGAGGGUUUAACUGGUGACCAGGUGAUGGUGGUGAACACAGACGGGGGUCUGACUGGCGACCAGGUGAUGGUGGUGAAUGCUGAUGGGGAUGUAACUGGCGACCAGGUGAUGGUGGUGGAGGAUGCACAUGGCCUUGAGGCUCUGACAGUCCUAACUCAAGGAGAAAACACCCACCACUAUAUCGUCUACGUCCAGGAGCACACUGUGGAAAUCAACUAGUAAUGCUGCCAUGAGAAUAUAAGACAGCUGAGCUUUGGGUAUCAGUAAACAAGUUUACAAAAAGAAAGCAAAAUAAAUAUAAUGGUAAUGAUAAAAUCAGGAUUUUUUGAAAAUGAAUUGAACAUUAUUAAAAAUGAACUCCGAUUUUUGUCAGCUACUCUGUAAUUAUGAAUCGCUGUAAGGGCAACAUUUCAUUGUGUGAUUAUGUAAAUUAUUUUGUUCUUACAAAGUGUAUUUAAAUAAAUUCCUGUCCUGCUUCA